GAGGUUCGGGGGUUUAUGGGACGGGGGGUGUUGGGACACUCGAAGUGGAGAGGGGUUGGCUCGGGCAGCCUCAAAGCCCCGGGGGCACCGCUGGGGCCCAGUGCCCACCCUUGCCGCUGGUCAGGGGGUCCUCCCAACCCCCCCACCCACCACGGGGGUCUGAUCCUGCCGCUGAGCUCCGCCAGAACGGGGGCCCGGGUUGGAUUUCCCACAGGGCUUCAGGUUUCCCCUGAUCCAGGUGCUGCUCCCUGCUCCGGGCUGGGGUCUCUGCACCGCGUGGGGGGGUCCCCACAUCGAUUUCGAGAACCCCCCCAAAUUUUUACGCACCGAUUCACCACUUUCCUGGGGGCUGUGGCUCACGUGCCCCGCGUUGUUGUUGUUAUUAUUAUUAUUAUUAUUAUUAUUAUUUUCCUCUUUAAUCCUUCAGAUCUGCUUACGGCGGCACCCUCGGGGCGGGGGCGGGCCCCGGGCUCCGCCACCAUGUUCGGCAAGAAGUCCUACGACAGCCCCACGAUGGGUUACGGCCCCCCCACCAGCUACGGCCCCCCCACGGGCUACGGGGCCCCCGCGGGCGAUUACGGCUACGACUACGGGGCCCGCUCGCCGCCGCCGGGCUCCUACUACAUCGAGGACGUGCCGCAGCACUUCUACAAGUGGUCGUCGCCGCCGGGCGUGGUGAGGAUCCUGGAGGCCGCGGUCAUCCUGCUCUGCAUCGCCAUCUUCGCCUGCGUGGCCUCCACCCUGGCCUGGGAGUACGGCUACGGCUUCGGGGGGCUCUACGGCAACGGCCUGGGGGGUUACUACGGCUCCGGCUACUACGGCAGCGGGCUGAGCUACGGGUACGGCUACGGGGGGUACUACGGCGGCGUCACCAACCCGCGGGCGGCCAACGGCUUCAUGAUCGCCAUGGCCGUGCUCUGCUUCCUGGCCCAGCUGGGGCUCUUCGUGGCCGGCGUCAGCAAGUCCAGCAGCACCCGCUCGCGCCGCUUCUACCUGGUGGUGCUGGUGGUGAGCGCGGUGCUGGCCCUGGCCAUGCUCAUCGCCUCCAUCGUCUACGUCGUGGGCGUCAACCCCCAGGCGCAGAUGACGGGCAGCUACUACUACAACCCCCUGCUGACCAUGUGCAGCCAGAUCUACAGCGGCAGCACCUACCUCAACCAGUACCUGUACCACUACUGCACCGUGGACCCCCAGGAGGCUGUGGCCAUCGUCUGCGGGUUCCUCAUCGUCAUCCUCCUCUGCCUCAUCUGCUUCUUCGCUCACAAGACGCGGAGCAAGAUCUGGAAAUACGGGAAACCAAACAUCUACUGGGACAAGGUGCCGCUGGCCCAGGAGGGUCCCAACGUGGAGGAGUGGGUGAAGAACGUGACGGACGGGGCCAGUGCCCAGGACGAGACGGCCACUCUGGCCUACUCGGAGAAGCCCACGAGCCCCAUCACCGCGCCCCCCUACAGCCCCCCCUCCUACAGCCCCCCCCCGAAUGGCUUCUACCCCUCGGGCACCUACAGCACCCGCGGGGACCCCCCGGAGCAGGAGCCGAGCCCCGUGGAGGGGAAGGGGCGGGAGCAGCCCCCCAACCCCAAGCCCCCCACUCGCCGCGGGCGCCGGCGCCGCCGGAACCCGGAGCUGGACGAGUCCCAGUACGAGACCGAUUACACCACAGCCGUGGAGUCCGGGGACGAGCGGGACCCCGACCAGUGGGCCAGCCUGUACCCCCCGAUCUCCUCGGACGCCACGCGGCAGAGGUACAAGCAGGAGUUCGACUCGGACCUGAGGCGCUACAAGGAGCUCUGUGCCCACAUGGACGCCGUCAACGACCGCCUGGGGCAGCUCGGGAAGCAGCUGGACAGUGUCCCCGAGGACAGCCCCCAGUACCAGGACCUGGCCGAGGAGUACAACAGGCUCAAGGACCAGAAGAGGAGCCCCGACUACCAGAGCAAGAAGCUGGAGACCAAAACCCUGCGCAACAAACUCUUCCACAUCAAGCGGAUGGUGAGCGACUACGACAAGGUCCGGGGGUGACCUGAGCCCCCCCACGGAGAGAGGGGCACGGGGGGUCGGCCCUCUGCUCCCCCCCACCCCCUCUGCAAAGACUUUGGGGCGUUUUGUGCCUUUUGUUGUACUAAAAUCCCCCCAAAACCGCCCCGGUGCCAAGGCUGGGGGGCUGGAGGCAGCUGCUGGUGUGACCCCCCCCCAGUGUCCCCCCCACCCUGUGAGUGCCCCCCCCAGUGCCUUCCCAUCCUGUGGGGCCCCUCCCACUCCUGUAAGUAUGUUUUUUGGGGGGGUCUGCACCCCCCUGGGUGCCUUCACAGGGGUUGGGGUACCAACCCAUGGUGGGGGGCAGAGAACGCCUUGGUCUCGGGCCCCCCAGGGGUUUGGGGGGGGGGAAGAACCCCUUUGGGGACCCCCCCCCGGUGAUAUUUUAUAAGGAACUCUUUGAAACUGUGUAAUAUUUCAAUUAUUUUUUUUUUUAAAUAAAUGAAGUGUAUCUAUUGAUUUUAAA